UAAUUAAUCUAAGUUCUCAGUCCUAAUUACUAGUCUAGUCCUAAUUUUCGUGGGAAUAAAUAAAAUUAAAUUCUGAUGAUAAAGCAAUUUGGUUUGAAGGAUCUAAUAUUAAGCAAGCUCUAAUUUCGACUUAUCAAGAAUAUGGAAGAAAAUGAAGAACAUCCCUUGUGUGAGAGACUGCUGUGUCCUGACCUGCUGGUUUUUGAUGACUCAGAGUGUCUACAAUAUUUCUCAAAAGAUACUAUUUCGAGACAUUAUUUGGGAUGUUCUAACACCGAGCAGUUGCACAGUUUAUCCCAGAUCCCCCACUUGGUGAAGAAUCCUGAAGCGUUGCUAUUUAUGAUGAGUGUGUGUGAAGAAGAAUUGGCCAAAGACUGCUGGAAUUAUUGGCAAUGCAAAAAGAAGUUUACUAUUUCGGUGUCUCAUGUCAUAAUGAUUUUCUUAAACUGGGGGGCCACACCGAAGAGCCUAGGAAUACAAGAUGAACCACAGCUUUAUUCAAGUUUCAAAAUCACUGCUUGCCCGACUUCUUUGGCUGAUUUUCCUACCUCAUACCAUGUUAAGGCAGUGCUGGGUUCUAUUUCUGAAUGCCUGUCAAAUGAUAGUGAUGAAAAUGAUGAAAUACAAAGACACUAUCUCCUACGUAUCCUGGCGAUCGCAUCAUUAGACAAACGGCUUAGUCAGUACGGUUUGGAGUUUCAACAAACCAUCUGCGAAGUUCUAAAAGCAUAUCCAGUCUGGACUCUAGAAAAAGUUGCUGAGCUGGUAGCACAGUUGCAGCAAGUAUUGCAGCAGAAUGCUGCUAAAUUUUUUUGCAAUUUGUUUGUGACCUCUCCCCGAAUUCGUGAUCUCAAAGUCAUUGCUGUUCGUACCUUGUUGCAAUCCAAGUUCAACUUUCCUCCGCCUCAAGAGCCAUUACAAUCCCUACUUCAAAAUUUGCCUCUACAAGAACAAAUUACUGAAAGAUUUGAGUUGUUGGAAAUCUACCUGCUAAUCAAGCUUUUGAACACUUUGCUUAUUACCUGCAACCUCCUACCAAAUACCUGCGAUAGUUUUGUGAUGGACCAGCCUUCUGAGGCAUUUACUAUAGGACUUAUGAAAUGGACGGACGCCGUGUAUGCUAAGUUGAUGGCUCCUCCUCUCUUGUUUGAUAUUGAAGCUAGCAUUAUCAGAGAAAAGUGUGUGCGAUUGAGAGCAGAUUGUAAAGAACUUGUUAAAAAUCACGACAAAGGAAUAUUUAAUUGUAUGUAUGAAGAUUGACCUGAAGAGACAUGGAAUCCAUUUGGAGACUGCCAGGUCUAGAUCUGCUGCCUCUAGUUACGACAGUGAUACCCCGGUUAGGCUGUGAUAAAGGACAAUGUACACUUUACUGUAGUAUAUUAUUUGGAGGUAAUCUAAUGCUACAAACGCCACAUACACAUUGACUGAUUGCCUGUUGUCUUGAGGGAAGAGGCCCAAAACCCUCCUGAGGAGCUUGCGCCUACCUCUUGCCACCCCAGACUACGCUAAAACUUACAAGUUUUCUUCCUAAUCAAAAUCCUCGACAUUCUCGCAACAUAGUAUGGAAGGAAUAAGUGUUAAAAUUGAAUUGUAGUAUUAUCUGAAUCUAUGAUGAUACGAAAUAGCUAACUAAUAUGAGUAGAAGUAGAAAAACAGAAAACAAUUUUCUAUUUUCAAAAAUGUAUUUGUCAUGUAAAGUAUUGUAAUACAAGUAUAUCAUU